UUGAGGCGGGGCGCGGGCCCCGGUGGUGGCGGCUGGGCCACUGGGCUGAGUCGGGGAGCUGCAGCCUGGUCUGGUCUGGGGUGUCGGGUGGCCCCAGAGGACUAGGAGGAGGAGGCGGCGCCGCUGCUCCUGUAGCUGCUUUCCCCCGUGGUAAAAUGGCUGACAAAGCCAAGUCUGGCAAAGCUGCCAACAAGACUCCCCCCAAGUCUCCUGGAGAUCCUGCCAAGGAGAAAUCAGCUAAACGACUCUCCCUGGAAUCUGAGGGCACCAAUGAGGGGGCUACCGCCCCAGAACUCAGUGCCCUGGAGGAGGCUUUUAGGAAAUUUGCUAUCCACGGAGACACCAGAGCCACGGGGAAAGAGAUGCAUGGAAAAAACUGGUCAAAACUCUGUAAGGACUGCCAAGUAAUCGAUGGGAAAAAUGUGACAAUCACCGAUGUGGACAUCGUCUUCAGCAAAAUCAAAGGGAAGUCCUGCAGGACAAUUACUUUUGAACAAUUUAAAGAAGCUCUGGAAGAACUCUCAAAGAAACGAUUUAAAGAUAAAAGCAACGAGGAAGCCAUUCAGGAGAUACACAAACUCAUCGAAGGAAAAGCUCCGAUAAUAUCGGGAGUGACGAAAGCCAUCUCCUCUCCAACCGUGUCACGACUUACAGAUACAUCCAAAUUCACCGGCUCCCACAAGGAGAGGUUUGAUCCCUCUGGCAAGGGGAAGGGCAAGGCGGGAAGAGUGGACUUGGUGGAUGAGUCAGGCUACGUGCCGGGAUAUAAGCACGCGGGCACGUAUGACCAUAAAGUCCAAGGAGGGAAGUAGGAGUCCCCUGCGGAGCACAAGCGAGCAUUGUCUGGACGGCGAUGGCACACUGUUCAGGUUGGCGUGAAUGCGAAGCUGAUGAUGUUGGAAAUCGUUUUCAGGAACUGGAACUUAUUCUACCACCUGCUGAGGUCCUCACAGCACAGGGCAACACUUCUUUACAUUCCUCAUGUUUAACGUGGGCAAAAGCAAAAGGGAAAAAUGAGUCUCUGAGCUUUAGGCAAGAAACCAAAUGGAAAGGCCUUUUUUUUUUUUUUCUUUCUGAUCCACACCGUAUCAGUAGCACAAAGAGGCCAAAAACAUUCCCAAAUGUUCAGUGUUGCAUCAGGGGUGAGAGAGGGUCCCCCUUUGCCCCUCACAUGGAGUGUUCUCCUGGCCUGCUUCACAUUUGGCAGGACGCCUUUCAGAAGAACAGCUCCCCCUUGAGCGGGCUGGGGUCCAACCAUACUGAUUCCUUUCUGAUGAGUCCACUCUGCCCUCGGAGACAAAAUGCUGAGCAUUAAACUGGGAAGUCAAUGGCUGUUUUUCCAAAGAGACUUCCAGAGAUCCAUAUUAUUAGCCUAUUUGUAAGCAGAGGAAGUUUCUUCCUGGAAAGCCAGAGAAAUGUAGCUCCUGAAUGACUAGUAGGUGAGCAGGGGAAUAAUAGGGCACAUCUCCAUAUGUCAAAAGUGGCUACUACCCCUUAUGUGAACCAUACCCACUUUAAUCCAAAUCACCAACAUGAAAAAGGAUAAAAACAGCCAGACUGGGGGUGGAGGGAUGGGGAAAAGGGAGCGUUUGGAGGCAAACAGAGUUAAUCUACUAACUAAAACUAUAAAGAUAACUAAAUUGAGCCUUAGGAGGAAAAAAACAAGAUUGAAGGAUGGCCACCCUUUGUUUCUAGGUUUACACUGCCACAUAGUGGGUGAGAAGGGCAUUUGGGAGUCUCAUGUAUAUCGUUUAACUAUGCUAAGGCUAAACCUAACACUGCUGAGAGGUUUUGCCCACAAUUUGGCAGACACUGCCAUGCUGUGUAUUGGGGGGUUUUAGGGGGAAAGGAGGGGGUGGUUAGGGUCUAGUACAUGUGAGCACAACUCUACACAUCUACAUGAUGUUUGCUUAUAUGCUAGCUCUGGGGGAAUGAAGUUUGAAAUCUCAAAUAACAAAGUCAACCAAAUAGGAAGAAAGUUUUCUGAGGUAGGACACAAAAACUUCCCAGUUUACAAAAAGCUAAUCAUCCCCUCCCCUCUCCUUCCUCUAUAGAAUCACAGAAAAAUGACUUUGAAAAAUAAUUUGAAGUGAAAAUCUUCUAAUAUUUAUAAAGCACAUGAGCAAUUUAUGAAAAGCAUUGAUUCUCUGUAUGUAUCAUAGCGUGCUCAUUUCAUAUUACUUAAUAUUAAAAGAGUUCCAGCCAUUGCAAUGGUUUUUAUCUUUUAUAUCCUGGAAACAGAAGUCCAGAACAAACCUAUUAUUUGUCACUGCUUUUCCCCUUUAAAACUAAAACCAACAUGUUGUUAAGUCCAAAACAUGCAAUGAAAAUGAAUGAUGAUUUUUUUUUUAGCCUGGGUAUUUGCAGUUGACCAUUUAAAGCUUUGCUUUUCCUUUUGUGAAAUGGAGUUCAUGCAUUAACUUUAAUAAUAUGUAACUUUGGCUAUUAAAGUUUAAUCAACUUUACAGUCUCUCUCUGUUUGUCCCCUUUCCCACUUUGGAUUUAGUACAUCUGUACUGAAGGCAUCUUUCAGAGUAUAAUCAGGAUGGGAUUAUGUGUGCUGGCUUUGCACACAAAGUCAUUAAUACCCUCUGGUAAUGAAAGUAUCUAGCCAAAAUCAAUCUCUUCUCCACUUUUAAAAAACUAUUGAAAAGUCUUUUGCGCUCUCUCUCGCUCUGAAUCUCUCCCUUCCUCCCUUCCUGUCUCUUCCUUCCUCUCUCCCUCUCCCCCCACAUCUCUCUCUCUGUCUCUGUCUCUCUGUUUCUGACUCAUUCUCCCACUCUGUCUCUGUCUCUCUCUUGUUUUCACACUCAUACUCUCAUUCUCUCUCUGUGUCUCUCAGUCUCUGUUUCUGUGUCUCUGUCUCUGUGUGUGUCUCUCUCUCCCUCCUCCCCCCAACAAUUUAGUCUUGACUGAUUUUUCCCUUGGAAGCUUUCUUUAUAAACUUGGCCUCUCUUGAACUCUUCCAAUCCCUAACAGGACAUGAAACCAAAACAACAAAAAUAAACAAAGGAAAGAAGUCUUUAUUAGGCCCCAGAUUUUUGUUUGGAUUUUGUUUUGUGUUUGUGAGAAAAGAGAAACAUGACCGCAAGUCCAUUUUUCAGCAUGCCCUGAGUGCUCUCUUGUGUUAGGAUUUCCCAACCCUUUACUAUCACUAUUAUCUAUUCAGGUUUCUUGAAAUUACCAAGAUAUUUUUGUGGUGGUAUGACAGUCUUAACAUCUUUGUUGUUGUUGUUGUUCUUUCUGUCUUUGUAAUUUUAUAUUAAACAGGGUCCCUGCCUCAUUCACAAACCAUAAAAAAGUGUCUACAAACAUUUCCACCUACAUCCAUACUGAAUAUUUGUAGCUGAGGUAACGUUUCUUAGUAUUACUACAUUUGCCAAUUUGUUAAAAAUGCAUGUUUGUUUAGGUCUCAGGAAUCUAAUCUUUGUAUUCAAUACCGUCUUAGUCAUGGGAAUAUUUAUACCUUUAUAUAAGAUGUGACUGUAGGUUUUGCUAUGAGCUGAGCAUUAUGUGGAGAUUUAGAUAACUUGGGACUAGGCCUCCCAAGAGUGAAUAAUUUCACUUGCUAAUCAAGCAUAAGGGCAGGGAAAGCUUUGGAAUGUUUCUUCCCCACCCACCUAAAGCUUGAAAGCCUGAAACAAAAACUCCAUGUCUUUUGUUGUUGGUGCUUUUUUUUUUUUUAAAUAGUCAGAUACAGACAGUGCACUGAAUAUCUCAGGAUCCAAGGGUCCUGCUACCUAACCAGCAAAGGAACCAUUAGCUGAGAGCAUUUAAGUAAUGUUUCACUUUUGGCCAUACAAAAGCUGGAAAUUGAUAGUUUCUAUGUAGUAUCCUACUUAAUUUCCACAGAUAAUGUAAUAGAGUUGAGAUACUGAAAAAUUUGCUGCCCUCAACCUUUCCACAAUUACCCCAUAAAUCAGUAUAUCCAUUAACUUUAUUCAUUCACUUCACAUAUUCUUUCAUCCACAAGGUCAACAAAAAUAUGCUACAAACCUACUAUGUGCAAGGCACUAAGGGAAAUGGAAAGAUAUAUGAUGUGGUCCCUGCACCCCCAGAGGUAACAAACUAGAAGGGGAAGCAUAAAGCACAAUCUCUUAUAUGAUUAUGUAAACAAAUUCUCCUUAGGAUAUUAGAUAUGUCAGCUGAUAUUGAGUUAAUUGAUUCAACCAAUGUUGAAGGAAUAAAUUAUGUUAAUUCAGUUUUGCCAGGCUUUGUUUUGCUUUAGCUUGUGGUCCUAGGAUCUGGGAAGCAAACCUCCAGGUGGAGUUUGCUUUUCACUCAGGUUUAGCCCAUGGAAUGGCAGUUCAGCAUGUUUUAUUCAGUUAAAAAAGUAAAAGGCUCUUCUAAUUCUCCAUAGCCAGCAAAAGAGCUUCUGAAAACACCUGCUCAUGAAAAACCAAUCCAAAUUCCUGGGUAUUUGAGGGCCUGGCUGAGGUGAGGCAGGAAAUAAAACAAAGAAUUUUUUUUUACUCAUUUUCCGUGUAUUAUUGAGGCAUUUAUACUUCCUGGUCUUAUAGAAACUAAAAGGAAAUGAAAGGGAAAUUUAUUAGCUAGCAAAGAAUCUUUUGGGUUGAAAUAAGAUGAGAUUCUCUGAGCUGACAUUUCAUAUACUCACAGGAUCAAAAAUAGAGAUGGAAGGAACCUUAGAGGUCAUCACAUCAUCUUACCAAUGAGGAAACAGAGGCGGUUUUAAAUGAUUUGUCCAUGAUUGCAUAGCUAGUAAUUAUCUCACUCUUUUUUUCCCCAAGGCAAUUGGCGUUAAGUGACUUGUCCAGGGUCCACAGCUAGGAAGUGUUACAUGUCUGAGGCAGGAUUUGAACUCAGGUCCUCCUGACUUUAGGGCUGGUGCUCUAUCCACUCCACUAUUUAGCUGCCCCAAGGAUCUGUUUCAUUUUUUUUUUCUUUUUGGUCAAAGGUAGGAUUUGAACCCGGUUUUUUUUUUACCUCAUGUCCAGUAAUCUAUUCACUACAGAGUGCAGUGGAGGUUUAGAAUAACUAUCAGAAUAAUGAAUACCAAGGAAAGAAAAAAUAUUUGUUUGUAUUUUCAGAUCAUUUCUAGUUGGAGCCUGAGAGCUCUGCAUUGCCUUUUAGACUAGAAAGGCAGAUCCACAACUCUAUAGUGGCCUUUGAAAGUGACUGUGUUAGAGAUGGGAAUGUGUCACCUGUUCACUGUAAACCAUGAGCCUUUAAAUACCUUUAAAUUUAAAUUUAUUAUUUAAUUUUAAUUUUAAUUAAUUUAAAUACUUUUAAAUACAUGUUGUCACUUAGAGACUGAGCUCAGAAGUUUACAAAAGCCCGACUUGAGUUUCAGAGGGGGAUAAGAAGGGAAUGGGGUACUAUGCCAGAACUAUAUGCCACUGUUAAUGCUUUGUUGUACCACUCCCCCCAAGAGAAUAUCCACAGCAAGAACUUUUAUUGACCCUGUUCUUUAAAUACAGUAAAUAUCUCAUAUCAUACAAACAUAUAUACAGAGUAAUGUAUACUUCAGACACUCUGUGGAUCAUUUGGAACCAAAAGCAAAAUUUAGCCAGAAGACAUGAAACUGCAGCUGCUCUCAUUAUAAGGUAACUGGUGAGACUUUGGAGUCUGUAUUGGCUGCACCAUUUGACUUUUUGAAGCAACAGCAUCUUUUCUACUAUUAUUUUGCAUUCAGUUUCCAAGAACUCGUUUGGCAAAAGCACUGGCCGAGUCCCCCUGAGAUGUCUAAGAGUCUGGUGUGAGAGCCUGCAGGGAUCUUAGAAGAUGAAGAGCUGAGGUUAACUAGAGGUCUCGGAUUUUAGUAGUUGUUUGUAAUCAUGAGGGCAACGCUCUCCCUGCUUGCAGUGAAAGCAUGAAAUCAGACAUCUCAGAAAGAACCCUGGGAAUAAAAAGACAAAAUAUCUUUCUCCUGGCUUUCCUCACAAGUCUGGACCCACAUGUAAGGAGCAUCUUUAGGCAAGAGCUAAUAAUUACCUAACAUGCUUUUGCAAAACUCUGAAAACUGAUAGUGGUAGUAUGUUAAUAGGUAGGUUCAAUAAAAAGUCUAAAACCCACAUAUUCUCUCUUACUCCAUUCCCCACACUUUCUCUUAUAAUCCAGUGGCUAUAACCAAUUACUCAUAAUUGAUUGGAAUGAUAUCCCCAUGGUUAUCUGAGGAGAAACCCCAUUUUGGGGCAUAGAAGGUACUUGUGUGAAUGUUGAUUCAUUUUGGAAAAGUGGAAUAGUUCUCCCACUUUUCCUUCAGUUUGUCAACCGUUCUACAAGAGGAGACCAAGAGAAAUGGACCAUGUUUUUCUCUUUUUCAUCUUUUCAAGGCAAGCUUCUGUCCCAGUCAGGGAAAAUUUUAUACAAGGGCUCAAUUUUUUUUCUUUUUUACAUCCCAAAUAACCGGUGUUAGCUGUUUUCCUGUCCCAUUAAAUAUUUCACAGAACUUUAAAGGGGCAAAGAUAGUCAUCUGUCAGGGAAAGAUUUAAAUGAAUCCAUGAUAGGGCUUAUCCCAAAGGAAAAAGACACAUUCCUCCUUCAGUGAUAAUUAUAAAGAGGACAGAAUUCUAGUGGUCCCCAUACCUGUCUUCUUCUUGAAACUUCUUUUAUCCACAGAAUACUGAAAGGAGGAUUUUUUUUUUUUUUGGCUGAGGCAAUUGGGGUUAAGUGACUUGCCCAGGGUCACAUAGCAAGGAAGUGUUAAGUAUCUGAGACCAGAUUUGAACUCAGGUCUUCCUGACUUCAGGGCUGGUGCUCUAUCCACUGCACCACCUAGCUGCCCCAGGAGGGUAUUUUUUAAAAAGCAGGAAUUAUUGUGUCCUGACUUAGGGGAGCAGUCCAUCGUCCUGAAUGAUGAAACUUGAAAUUUAUCCUAAAAGUAGAAUAUAGCAAAAUGUGAUAAGCUAAGGAACAACCACAAAAGUCUAAUGCUCCCAAAAUUUGGUGAGCCAAGAUCAAUAAACUACUCUACAAGUAAAUGGUUCUCCUUCAGGGAAAAAACAGACCUUCAGGAUAUCAAGAGUCAAACCAUUUAAUAAAUUAUGCCUCUUAAAGGAUAAGGUCCUUUUACCUCCUUAAAAGUGAACUGACCUUGGGGGUGAGGUGAGGAAAUUAAGCAAUUCAUUCCAACCAGGUACUCUCUAGAGAAUUUUAUAAAAUUUGUUUUCUAAAAAUUCAUUUUCUAAAAGUCUUUGAUAAGCAAACUUAUCAAAAGUGUGUUUUCUAAACUCUUAUCUAGGAAAAAACAUUCAUCUCACUUUCUCCCUCCUAAGCUGGAUUUGAAAUGCUACAAAAAAUAACAGUGCAAUGUGGUUAAUGGAAAUAAGUUUGAUCUGAGAUGACUCAUUUAGCCCAUUCUGUUCCAUUUGACUAUAUGCUAAAACUGCUCAAGAAUUGUUCCAGCAAAGUAAAUAAGAUAUGCUUUUUGGUGUUCCUUUUCAAUUCUGCAAUCUCAUCUGUAUUAUAGAUAAUAUGCAUCUUCUACUAGUCUUUUCCUUCUGCCUGAGAAUGACAAAUGUUACUAGGGAAUGGAGGUAUUGGAUUUCUGUUCAGUAAGCAAUUGAUGAGGCAUCUGUUUCUAAGUCUUUAUAACCUGCUUAUUCAACUAUAAACACAAUCUUCUGGCAUUUGUGAUUAUUUCUUUUGGUUUAAUACUAAGAUAUAAGUUGAUUUCAUUCUAAAACUUGGCAUUUGAUCAAAAUGAUUUUCAGCUUCCUCAUUGUUUUGGUUUUAGAUAGUCCUUAUUAAAGCUUUAAUGACAUUUAAUGACAGCUUGUUAAGGAUUGGGACUGAAGUUGGAGUCAGAAAGGCUUGAUUUCCUCCCUUUACCAUUUACUAGCUGGGUGAGGCAGCUAGAUGGUGGAAGAGAUCGAGUGCUGGACCUAGAGUCAGGAACAUAUGAAUUCAAAUCUAGCCUCAGACACUUACUAGCUAUGCAAACCUAGGCAUGUCACUUCAUCCGGUUUGCCUCUGUUUCCUCAUCUUAUGAACUGGAUAAGAAAAUGGCAAAUCUACUCCAGUAUCUUUGUCAAGAUCAGACCUUAAUGACAAUAACUAUGACUGUGAGCAAGUUGUGUAACUUUUCUAAGUCCUGCUUUUUUUCCACCUUUAAGAUUAGGGGGUUUGACUUAAUAACUCCUAAGGUCCCACCUAACUUUAAAUCUUUAAAUGGCUAUAAAAAAAGAUUCAUCUUAUUCCCUGAAAACUGAUUCCCCAUCAUUCAGGGUGGCCACAGAAUAAGUUAUGGUAAAGAGUAUGCAUGGAAGAAAUGACAUUUUACCAACUAAACAGCCUGAAGGAUAUGAGAAUGUCUACAGAUACAGCCUUUAAUUCUUCUAAACCAAAUAUUUCAGAAGUUUAUCUUCCACUAGGCCAAAUUAUCCAUUUAAGUAUAUAUAAGCAACUUUCUUUGAUUAUGUGUAGCUGAGGAUAGAUGCGUCUUUCCUUUCAAAGUAAUUUUUAACCAAAAAAAGCUAGUUUUGAUUAGUCAUAUUUCAUUGCCUGCAACCAAGAGAUGGAUAAAUAUUUAUUCUAGUGAGCAUCACAACUUAGAGACACCAUUUCAUUUUCCUAGUGAGCUGCCCAUUGGGCUUCAUCAUAUGUAUUAGACAAAGAAUCUUUGCUUGGAUUUGGAGUCUGUGCCCCCCAAAACAUGUCUGUGUAUUUUCAUCACUUCAGUUUCUAAAUAAUGUAUAUAGCACAUAACCAGGAUGUUUGCCUUUGUUGCAUGGUUUUAUGCAAUGCCAAUUAGCUUUUCGUAACCAAAGUUAAAUGAUUAAACUUUUCUUUGCUGGGAUUUGGGAUGGCAGAGGGAGCUACACAGUUUAUACCCCGAAAAUAUUCACCUUAAAGACAAUAAUUUCUGUCAUGGAAAGGGAGUGUGUAGGAGGGUGUUAGCCUCAAGAGGAAAAGGUAAAAGGGAGUUUUUUCAUAAUUGCUGAUCAUACAAAAUUAUUUAUGUUUCUAUUUAAGUGCUUUGUAAGAUAGACACAUGGUCAGUGCAGAGGAGAUAGGUUUAGCAGAUAGGUACCAAAAUCCAAAUUCUAAUUAUACUAUAAAUAUAAAAUGUCAUAGCAAGAGUUACAUAUAUUUAUACAAGAGUAUUUUUCAAAUGUUCUAAUACCUAUAGACUUUCAAGUUUUGGACAGAUGAAAAUGAUAGCAAAGCCAAGAAAUCAGAACUUGAGCAGUACCAAAUGUAGCUGCGUCCUUCCAUCCCUGGGUUUCCCCAAUUGCUGCCUUGAGCUGUUGCGCUGUAGGCCAGGUUCAGACUGUGACAUCCCGAUACUGCCCGGAUAGGCCCGAGCCUCGGAUGCCACUCUGCUAUUCGGCAGCUGGGAUCCAGCUUCCUGGAAUAGAAUCUGUUACCACUUAAGGUUUUAAAUGGCUGUUGGUAUCUUCUUUUGAGCUAAAUGUACCAAUAGCCUCAGCGAACUUAGCCAACCCUACAUCCCAACUCCCACCAAAAAAGUCGCCAUGUGCUUUUCUGUUUGUCUCUUGCAUCUUAGGUUAACAUUCAGCUCGACUGUGAAGUUUUCGAUCUAUUCAAAAGCCUUGGGGGGGUUAAAGGGACACCCAGCUCUAAACUGGCAAAAUUGUUUUCUACUGACUUACUACUGAAUGCUUGCUUACAUUGUGCAAGUAAACAGCUUAGCUUUUAGAGCUGGGGAGGAUGGGUACUCCUCACUCUGGCCUGUAGUGGCUAAAGGAGCACGGCAGUACUGGUGCUGAACUUUCUGGAUUAUGGCAGCCAGAUAUCCUCUAGAGAAACUGGAGGGUCUGAUCCAAGGGCAGCCACCUGAGCUUCCGGCUUGAGAGGGAAGGGCCUACUGAAAGGCAAGCACAGCUGGAGGCACUGUACUGAAUUUGACCCUCUUCAUUGAACUGCCAUCUUGUCCUUAGGCUUUGGGGGGUAGGUGGGGGUGGGAAGGGGAAAGAAAACUUAAAAGAAACUUGAAAGGGAUCACAUACUACUAGUUUGUACUAAGUUUUUCAGGAAAGGGAAACAAAUUUAUAUAUAUAUAUAUAUGUGAUAUAUUUUUACACUGUUUUAUUAAUGCUAGGAAGUAUUAAAUGUUUCACUUUAUCUGUAUGAUAUAAGUCAAGACAAUUAUGGACAUUGAAACUUUGUAAGUGCUGUCACUAACUUCUAAAAAUGCAUUAAUUGUGAAUAAGGUAUGUUGUCAAAAUAAGCAUUGCUAUUCUUGAUAUAUAUAGCCUUCUGGAGCCAAGCAGAAUAAGCCUCAAGUUUCAAUGCAGUCAUUAUCUGUCUAGAAAAGGCUUGGCUUGCAAACCUUUAUUAUAUUGUAUGGAUGUUGUUUCUUCUGGAGGAUUGCAAUUCAUGCUGUAUGUUUUUGCUAUUGAUUGUACACAAUUAUCUGUUCAGUUGGUAAAGUGAUUAAUAAAUGUGUUAAAAUAUG